GCCCAAUUCAGACAGCAUAGUUUAUCUUCUUCUUACAGUGUAAAACAAUGAAAGGUCAAAAUCCCAUAAACCUAAACAUGAACAACAACAACAACGACAACAACACUGUGUAAUUCGAAUCAUUACCGAGUUAAUCAAUCAACCAUGAUUCAAAAUGGUGGAACUGUAUCCCAAGGUUCUGUCCUGUGUUAUGCUUGUCAAAUUCCUGCUAAGGUUGCUGUCUCAAGUAUCCGAAGUUUCUGGGGACAUAGUUUGGAAAAUAAGCCAAGAGGAAUGGCAUUCACAGACAUGUCUGCCACAUCAAGCCUACUUUUAAGCGGGGGUCAGAAUCUUCUAUCUCGUACCAUCCCCAUGUUACCUAAGCUGCACAAGUCAUCUACCACCACUCGGGCAAUGAAGAAUUCCUCAUCUGCCGGCUAUCGGUUCCCUCCAAUGACAAAAAAACCAAGAUGGUGGUGGAGAACAUUAUCAUGCAUCCCCUACCUCCUACCUUUCCAUCAGGUAUGGAUGUAUGCUCAAACCGCAUACCAUCUUCACCCGUUUCUCCACUAUUUCGAAUUCUACACGUACCCUUUUCUCAUGGCAAUUGGGAGUCUACCUAGAUGGUCUCUCAUAGCAUACUUCUUGAUUGCAUAUCUUACAAUUGUGAGGAGAAAAGAAUGGCCGCAUUUCUUCCGAUUCCACGUCGCCGUUGGAAUGUUAAUCGAGAUAGCCCUACAGGUUACUGGGAUUGUUAGCCGUUGGAUGCCACGUGCGGUCUAUUGGGGUCGAUUUGGAAUGCAUUUCUGGACUACUGCGUUUUUUCUUUUUCUCUUUACUACCAUAGAGUGCAUUAGGUGUGCCCUUGUUGGAAUGUAUGCCGAUAUCCCUUUUGUCUGUGAUGCGGCAUACAUUCAAAUACCAUAUGAGUAAGGUGGAAUAUGUAACAAAGAUAACACCUUUAUAUUUCUGUUACUCUUGUUUGUAUUACACAUUUUGUUCAGCAGAACCAAAAAAAUGACUAAUCGGUUUGUUGUUGUUGUUGUUUAUAUCGAAAUAGAACGAAUUUGAUGUA